AUAACCGCCUCUGCCUCUACUAGGACCAUAGGACGUCCGCGCUGUCUUUUGAGUGAAUAACAAACAAGUCACAGAUAAAGGGUCAAGGACGACCCUCCCGUGGGUGGUGCCUAUAGCCAACGUGACAGUCUGUUUGUUUCCACGGAGCUGUCAGGAACAUAUCACUCCUCUGACUGGAUAAAUUGUGCGGAGUGUGGGGACGAAACGCUCGAGACGUGAAACUCAACUUUUGAAUAGCCUACUUUUGAGAUAUUGACGCUGAUGGGAUAUAGCGAUGGCCUCUCCAUCACCAUCACCAGCAGGACCAGCUACGGAGGCAUCCAACCCAGAGCUCUCACGCCGGGGGUGCAUUGAGGCCUUGAAAUUGAAGGUGGGGCCGGCGCGGAGGAACCUCUUCGGGCCUGUGGACCACCAGCAGCUGCAGCAGGACUUCCAGCGGCUGCUCUGUAUGAACGUGGAGGUGGCCAACAAGCGCUGGAACUUUGAUUUCCAGAGAGAAAUGCCAGAAGAGGGCUCCAACAUGGAGUGGGAGGAGCUCAGUUACGAGGACGUGCCGGCAUUUUACCGCAGCUGUACGGUUAGGUCAGUGCAAUGUCCAAAGGCCAAAAGGCGCACAUCGUCUUCGUCGGGCGAGUGUUCCCCAGGGUCCUGCAGCACGUCCGAGUCUGGGGAUGAGUACCUGGAGGUGACCACAAGGGGGUGCUACCGGAUCCGACGACAAGGAAAACGCAAACAGUCUGCCAUCACGGAUUUCUUCAAGGUGAAGAAGAUGAAGCUUCUGCAUUACAAAGCAUCUUCUCUGCAGUAGAAAAGCACAACUAGACCCAGUGGAGGAUCACCGAGUGGUCGACAUCCCUCUACACGUAACCUCACAUAGAUAUGUGUCAUAUCAUAUGUAUAUAUGUAGCAAUUUGUAACUGACUGUCCACGAGCUCAUUCAGCAUGGGCUUAAAAACACCUCUGACACCAUAUACCUUAGAUUUUCAGCACAAGGAAGCUAGCAUUAUCCUAGUUAAUCAAGCUCAGACCUUAGGAACGGUUUUUGUUUAUAACUAUAAAUACGAUAUAUAUUCUAUAUACUGUUUUCCUCAGUUUAUUUUGACUAUACUGUGAAAUUAUUUUUGAAUGCAGACUCUUAAUAACAGAAAACAGGCUCUAGUUUUAAGAGGUUCAUUGUCUUCUGAGCGGGCUGUGGAUAGUAUUUGACGUCAGUCCUCGGCCUUUCUUCUCCCUCUUGCUAAAAGUCAUGAGAUGGUUUUGAUUAGAUGAGUUGCUAUUUCUGGCUUGCACCGCACUUAGCCGUUAGUCUCACCCCAGGGCUCUGAUAGCACGAGUCAAGUCAGGGGUCAAAACCUCACCCGGGGCUCAAAAUGUGGCAGCGCGACUGUGAUUAGCUCCAGGGCAAAGGUCAACGGUGGAGGUUCAGCAAUAAGGUAAUAUGGCAGUACCUGUACAACAGUGGCUUCUAUUCCGGUGUGAUUAUUUAUUUCUUAUUCGUGAUGCGUAAAUCGUAAAAAAAAAGAAAGAAGAUAAUUGGAAAAAAUUGGAUGUGUCAAACAAGGCAAUAUAAGGUGUUUAGAAGUCAUUAUGGGUCAUAUAUGCUCCACCGUGGUCACUUAAUAAUAUUGGCCAUAACACCAUCACAACGAAAAAUGUACAAACUACAAAUCAUAUUCCCUUUUUGGUUUGCAUUAUUUGCAUAAUGGGGCUGUACAAAUCUAUAAUUUUUUUGGCAACAGACUACAACAUACCUUAUUUCGUUUUGUCAGCUUUAUGCUUGUAAUGAUGUGGACAUUUUCCACUCUUUGUCUUCAUGUCCACCUUGUAGUUGUUAAAUACACCCAUUUUCUCCAUGAAGCGAGUGUAAUGUUUUCUCACCAUGUUGCAGCUCAGAGGAAACCUAACCUUUCAGUUCCACUUUUGGUCUUUUUUAAAAAAAAAAAAAUUUUUAUGAAGAGUUGAGCUGCUUCUCUUUUUUUGUCUCUUUGCCAUUCUAUAAAUGUUUGUGUGUAUAUAAUAACAUCUGUUUGUGUAAGAAUAUGUUUGGUUUGGUGUUUGUCUUGAGGUACAGUUGUAACAGUUGUGGCAGCUGAGACAGUUGAACCAAAGAGAAAUUGCUGUGCUGUUAAAUUAGAAACAAAUCAUUUAUACAAGUCACUCACUGAGUGAUCAGUCAUGGGUCAGAAGAUCUUUAAAUAUAUAGUGUAAACACACUGUAAACACAACUGCUCAACUCGCAGUUUGGGUGACUCAAAUAGGAUGUGCUGACUUCUUUUCUCCCUACCUACAGUCAUUCCAAUUUGUACAUGGAUAAAAAGCCACAAUCUGGAUACAUCCACCCUUACUACCUCAUCAAGUGAUUUAGUAAAACAAAAAAGUUACGUACAAGUUCAAUGCAAAAAAACAAAAACAAAACCAAGGGAGACAGAGACAGAAACAAGGGGGGGCUUAUUAUUUUGUUGUGGUAAAAGCGGUCGAGGUUCAGCGCUCACUCAGUGUCGAGUUUCACAUCAGGUAAAAGAGUCAGUGUGUCAAAGCGGGGCCCAGCUCCAAGCAGAGGAAACUUAGGUCCCUCGGGGGGGGGCGGCUUUUGUUUUUCUAUCCCUCUCUCGCUGCCUCACUUUGCUCCCCCAUAAAUAGACAGAGCGGAGGAAAAGUGGUGGUGUGGAGGAAAGGGACACACUUUAAUAAGGGAACCCUCACCAGAAAAUGUCACAGACCCCUUCUGGAUCAAAGGAUUUCUUUUUCUACCCAGACAAGUGGCCUGUGAUUCAGACAAGCUUUUGUCAGUCCCCUUUAAAGUCUCUAGGUCUCUCUUUCAAGAACCAAACGCCUCAAUCUGCGAAAAAUCGGCAUGAAAGCAGUUGUUCAUAAUCAUGUUGUUAUCUUUCAUGGCUCAACGAGGCGAUAUUUCACAGAUCUAAAAAUAGCAAACAUGGCUAUCUGAAAUUGUUUUAAAAUUUCAGGAUUGUUUUUGCCAACUUUUUAUGUGUGUGUGUGUAUGUGUGUGUUAGAGACAAUGUUGGUGUGCACCUAUCUUCACAGACAAAACUUUCAAAGUAUAUUAACUUAUUUUGAGUUUAGGGAAAUAAUUAUGAAUUCCCCACAUUUCUUGAUAUAACUGUGUUGUUUCUGAAACUAUAUAUUUGCACUACUUUAAACAUUGACAAGAGAACUUUUUUUAUGGUAAUCUUUUUUUUUUUUUUUUAAAAACAUACAAAUACUCACUGAGAAACAAAUUAGAAAGGACUUGACAUUUGUAAUUAUUAAAAAUGGUUUUCCUUCAAUCAGACUUGUCACACUGUUAGACACAUUUUCUAACAUUUGUUUUAUUAGGGGGGGUUUUGUAGCCUUGGUAGUAAUCAUCAAGUCUGUUGGGUGGAAAACUAAAAUGAUGCAUUGUCAAGAUUGAUCCGUUAGUGUCUCACUGUACCCAAGCAAACUUCGCCUGUCGCAGCUAUAUUGAAGUGUAGCGGGUUUUUUUUGUUAUAACUUUGUAUAUGCAUGAGUGUAUGAUAAUCUUUGUAUGGGAUUUGUUAUUGUUAUUUAAUGCUGGUUCAUCUACCCUUGCUACAUGUAAGUGUAUUUGUAUGGGAUCAAAAUUCUUUUUGAUAAUAAUUGUAAAGAAAAUAUAUUGGUGGGUUGUUGGUGCAUUGUUGCCUUUCUUAUUGUUGAUUUCAUAUAGUGUGCUCAAAAUAAAAAAAAUAAAAUAAUGAAUGAUAUUGAUAUAAA